UAGCAAAUCAAAACGAACAAUGGCACAAAGAUCCUGUGCCCCAUAAUAGUCCCAUCAAAACAAUACUUUGCACAACCAACGAAUUGCGCUGGGGUAUGCAACCGUGGCUACUUUUAAGACUUGUGGACUUCCCAUCAUCCCCAGCCGACUGGUGGCUCCUCUCCCAGCUGCUGUGUCUCGGCGUUAGGACCCAGCCUCCUCCUGCCAAGCUCUCCAGGCAGAAAAACCAGUUUAGGAUACGUCUCCCGGCUUCCGCUGGCAUGUCCACACCUCCAGGGCUGCGGUGCGAGUUCGGGUGUCCGUCACAAGCAGGGGUGGCUGGAACUGCACCUGGCCGGGCAAACCUCCUCCCCCCCUGCCCUCCAUGGGUUCCUUCGUGGGAGACGGCAGGACCCUUCCCUCGGAAAGGCUGAAGAAGGAAGCCACGGAGGCGUCAGAGAAUAUCCGAGACAUGGAACUGAGAGAAGAAUGGCAGGACGACGAAUUCCCACGGCCUUUGCCGGAAGACACCUCCGAGGAAGAUCUUGAGCCUUCCAGUUCAGAAUUGAGUCCAGUCGCCGCCAACACCCUGGAACUCUGUGGCCGGAGACACAUGAGGAAGCGUCUCCAGGCCCCGGAUCUCAGCGAGGGUUCGGUUAAAUCCGGGGAGCUCCCCGAAAGCACCCCGGAUGGCAGUUUGGACAUCGACCUGGACGAGCUGGAGACGCCGUCUGAAAGCGAGUUCCAAGAAGGCCCGGAGAGCGGGCACGAAUUUGAAUGGGAAGAUGACCUCCCGCGGGCCAGGCGAGUGGAGGCCAACCUGCCCGAGAAAUUCUGCACCGGCCGUGUGGUUGACACAAAGGGUCCCGACGGACGGCUCUGGCGGAUCUUCCUGGGAGACGAUCAUGAGCACAAAGUGGAUCUAAGCGCCAUCGAGCCCUACACGAGAGUGAUCUCCCACGGAGGCUAUUGCAGCGAAGGUCUGAAUGCCAUUCUCGUCUUUGCUUCUUGUUACUUACCAGAAAGCAGCAUCCCCAAUUAUCCCUACAUCAUGGAGAACUUGUUCAGGUACAUAAUAGGAACUCUGGAGCUGAUGGUAGCCGAGAAUUACAUGCUGGUGUGUCUGAAUGGCGCCACUUCCCGGAGUCGGUUCCCAUCAUUUGCCUGGAUCAAGCAGUGUUAUCAGACAAUCGAUCGGCGGCUUCGGAAGAAUUUGAAAUCUUUGGUCAUCGUUCAUCCCACGUGGUACAUCAAAGCCCUGAUGACUGUGUUUAAGCCAUUUAUCAGUUCCAAAUUCAGCCAGAAAGUGAAGUUCGUAGACAGCUUGGACGAUCUGGGCCAAAUCGUCCCCCUUCAACAGAUCCACAUCCCGGCCUGUGUCCAGCAGCUACAUCAGUCCAGCAGCAACUCCUGAAGCCCCCCACCCCCACCCCCAAAUAGCCAGACCGGCUGGAUGGCCUCUGGGGACGCCCCCCCCCCCACUCAACGCUUCCCUCUGUCUUGCUAUUCUUUGUAAAGGGAUGUGAAAAGCAGUCCAAGGCGCAUCACUGCCCUCCCCGGAGUUAUGGGUCGCGUCCCUAUCCUUCCCGUGGUCCACGGACCCCCAGAUGCAUAGCAAAGCCCCCCCCCAAAGCUCAUCGGGGGGAGGGAGACCCUUGGGCGCG